AAAAAGGAAGCUGCAUGAAAGUGGGUAUAUUUUAAGCGCUUUUGAAAUGAGGAAAGCAUGGGACAGUGGGACGGUCAUUGCAGAGUUAAGAGAGGCAUUCAGAGACCGAAUUCCUGAGGAUGUCAGUAUUGAACUUUUAAUGUCAUGUGGAAACACACUGAUAUCACCAAAGUUGCACCAGGGACAGGAACUUAGCGGCUUGAUUGUUCACAAGAUCUUCAAGUCAAAGGCGAUUUAUCUGAGGCCAUCGAGCAGUCUUCCAUUUUCGGUUGACAACUCAGACCCAGAAGACAACUGUGUAGAGGUGGACACUGCACAAACAUCUACCAGUUACCAUAUGACUACAAGGGCCAGGGGAAACGAUACUGCAAAAGCGCCGAAUAUUUCUAUUCGUCCUUUUACAAGAGCAAGAGCCGAACAGCCCUCAGCAACACUACAAGUAACUGAUGCUCUUGUGACCACAGCUACCCAGCCCUCUGCAUCACAAGAAGCAGCUGUUGUCAUUGACUUGGAUAGUGGUGACACAGUCACCCAGACCCCGUCAAAUAGCAGUGAUGACUAUGCUGUCUACCUUUCCAUCAUGGGGAUGACAUCAGACCUCUCUGAUGAUGAUGAGGAGGAGCUAAACCAGGCCAUAAUGGCAAGCCUUGAAUCUCAUGCAGCAUCUGAAAACCCAAACACUGAAUCAGCACAGGAGGUGCUCCUCAAUCUUGCAUCCAAAAUUGACGGUAGUCGAAGAUGCAGGUUCAACAUUAAUCGAACUUCAGUACUGGAUGGUGCUCUGCGGGGCUUCAGACGGCCGUCCUAUAAUCCAGUGUACCAGAUGUGCAUCAAAUUCUCAGAUGACUUGGGAAAGGAUGAAGAGGCUGUGGAUCUUGGUGGCCCAAGGAGAGAAUUUUUGCGGUUGCUUAUGGAGGCUCUGGCAUUGUCACCAAUGUUUGAAGGAAGAGAUGGAAAGUUGAACUUGGCUUUGGACAGUUCCGCUCUAAGAGAAGACAGGUAUUUUGUUGCUGGCCAGGCCAUUGCUGUAAGUCUUGUCCAUGGUGGUCCUCCACCAGGAUUCAUUGCACCAACACUAUAUCGUUGUCUUGUUGGUGGCACUUCAUCAGCAAUGCCAGUUUUGGAAGACAUUGCUGAUCCUGACCUCUAUGAGAAGGUUAAAAAGGUGUCCGAAUGUACAUCUUUAGAUGACCUGAUACAUGCCACUGAACCGCUGCAAGAUUACUUGGCAAACGCUGGGUGUCUUAGGCCAUUGAAAUGCAUUAAAGACAAAGAUCAACUGAAGAUACACACGUGGACAAAAUUGUUGGUACCCCUCAGUUAAAGAAGGAAAAACCCACAAUUCUCACUGAAAUCACUUGAAACUCACAAAAGUAACAAUAAAUAAAAAUGUAUUGAAAAUUAAAUAAUCAAAAUCAGCCAUCACUUUUGAAUUGUUGAUUAACAUAAUUAUUUAAAAAAACAAACUAAUGAAAUAGGGCUGGACAAAAAUGAUGGUACCCAUAACUUAAUAUUUUGUUGCACAACCUUUUGAGGCAAUCACUGCAAUUAAACGAUUUCUGUAUUUGUCAAUGAGCGUUCUGCAGCUGUCAACAGGUAUUUUGGCCCACUCCUCAUGAGCAAACAGCUCCAGUUGUCUCAGGUUUGAUGGGUGUCUUCUCCA